AUGGCGCCCAAGCUCCCCGCCGUUCUCCUCGCUGCCUGCGCCGUCCUCCUGGCGCUCGCCGCGCCGCUGCUCGCCGGCGACCCCGACAUGCUCCAGGACAUCUGCGUCGCCGACUACAAAUCGCUCCAAGGACCGCUGCGGGUGAACGGGUUCCCUUGCAAGCGUGAGGCGAACGUGACGGCGGACGACUUCUUCUUCGGCGGGCUGGCCAAGGCCGCCGACGUGUACUCGGGCAACCCGAUGGGGUCGGCAGCGACGGCGGCGGACGUGUCGGUGCUCCCGGGGCUCAACACCCUGGGCGUGUCCAUGGCGCGCACGGACUUCGCGCCGUCGGGCGGCGUCAGCCCACCGCACGUGCACCCGCGCGCCACGGAGAUCCUCUUCGUCGUGGAGGGCAUCCUCGAGGUGGGCUUCGUCACCGCGGCGACAAACCGGCUCUUCAGCCGCACCGUCGGCAAGGGAGAGGUGUUCGUGUUCCCCCGCGGCCUCGUGCACUUCCAGCGGAACGUCGGGGAGGCGCCCGCCGUGGCGAUCUCGGCGUUCAACAGCCAGCUGCCUGGCACGCAGACGGUCGCCGGGGCGCUGUUCGGCGCUGCGCCCACGGUGCCGACGGACGUGCUGGCGCGGGCGUUACAGAUCGACGGCGGAGUGAUCGAGAACAUCAAGUCCAAGUUUGCGCCCAAGUAG